AUGGCGCGUCGUUCUGCGCUGCUCUCCGCUGGUGUUCUCGGCGUUGUCGCCUGGCUGCUUACCUCAAUUUUCCAGCCACAGACUUUCGUCGCCCCUCGACCAAAUGUGGUCCUUCGAAGAGGACAGACAGCCUGUCGCGCGACUGGAACAAAGGAGUUGCUCUUCCAGCCUGGACAGCGGGUUACCCUCAACGGACCACCAGCCAUGGCUGGCUCGCAGGGCGUCGUCGUCGGACCAGUCCUUGGCAAUGCAUUCGCCAUCCAGUUCGACAAUGGCAGCAUCUUCCACAUUGAUUUGCAGAAUAUUGAGGGCUCUGGAACCCCACCUGCAGCAAAGAUUGACUACAACGCCGUGCGUGCCGACCUCAAGCAUCUGAUGGAUGAUCCGAAUUGGGAUGAUGGAAGCUAUGGUCCACUGCUCAUCCGACUUGCAUGGCACUCGUCGGGCACCUACUCAAAGUACACCAACACUGGAGGCUCAGAAGGUGCGGCCAUGCGUUUCGUGCAUGGCACUGAGUCCAAGGAUCCAGAAAACGCAGGUCUGGACCAUGCGAUCAACUACCUCCAGCCGAUCAAAGAUAAGUAUCCGCUGAUGUCGUACUCUGACAUGUGGAUUCUUGCAGCAUACGUCGCCAUCGAGCACAUGGGUGGCCCAUCGAUCGAGUUCAAGCCAGGGCGCGUGGACACUCCCAGUCAGAAUGGCUGCCCAGAGUGGGAUGGCCCAGUGAUUGAUGGCAAAGCAUCAAGCCGCCUUCCGCAUGCAGAGUAUGGUCUUGUUGAGGGGUUCGACAGAGACAAGGUUCUUGACAGUGAGGGCAGGAUCUUGGGUUGGGAGAACCUUGCGCAGCACAUGCGCGACGUGUUUUACCGUAUGGGCUUCAACGACCGCGAGAUCGUCGCACUCAUGACUGGUGGUCACCUCUGGGGCCGCUGCCACCCAGAGCACUCUGGCUAUGCAGGGCCAUGGGUAGAGGAAAUGACGAAAUGGUCGAACGAGUAUGCUGCAGACAUGAUCGAAGAUCCUUGGCGAAUGGUUUCUCACAGUGAUACCUGGCUUGACAGCAUUGGUGCCCAAGAGCUUCGACCGGCACCAGGCAAGCGGCAGUAUGUGAACAAGUUCCCUCCAGCGGAGGGGGGAUCAGGUCUAGAUGACCCUAACCAGAUGAUGCUUGUCGCCGACAUGGUAUUGUUGUGGGACCCAGUCUUCCGGCAAACACUCGAGGAGUACGCAGUUGAUGACACAGGCAGCGACGACAACCACGCCCUUCGCAGGGACUUCGCAGCGGCUUACAAGAAGCUCACCGAGCUCGGGACGCGGACGCUGACAGCCUGCCCAUUUGCCCAUUAG